GUGGACUGUGCCCAAGAACAUUUGGUCAAAAGCAGGAUUAAAGUCUGUUUCUUUGAGCCUGAAUAAGAUCUUCAGAUACCCUUCUACCUCUGUGUGUGCGAACAGACAUUUGCUCAGUGCUGAAAAUGACUGUAUCUCGUGUUUACUGCUUCGUUUCCUUAGGCAUUCUGGCCGUGAAUGAAGCAGUCGGUCACGGAGAUACCAGCCCUACCCUGAGUGCCUUGUGCUCACCAGAUGUGGGGCUGUACGGAGUCGCUGCAGAGUGUGCAGAGACAUACCAGCGAGAGUUGGCAGAAGUCGAAAGGAGAAAAGUGGCCACAGGAGGCAGUGGCAGUGAACGGGUGAAACACUGGGUGAGAGGAGGCUGUCAUCAUUAUCAUAACGUGAGGACCAGAGAGGGAGGAUGGGAUGAGCCGACAGAAUUUGUGCAGAAUGACACACAGCUGUCACGGGAGGAGAUGCAGAGCACUGUAUCUGGAGUCACGGCAGCAUACGAGCGAGAGCAGUUGUGGCUGGCCAAAGAGAACCUGCUGGUGAAGCUUCAGGCACGUUGUCGAGGCUGUCUUGUCUGUCAGGAAUUCAACUCCAGAAUGAGGUUUUUGAAGAAGCAAGUUCCAGCCAUCACUUGCAUGCAGUCCCAGUGGCGUGGCUAUAAACAGAGGAAGGCAUAUCAAAUCCGUUCGGAUUACUGACGAGCACACAAGGACCAAGAAGUGAAGAUUCAGUCACUGGCCAGGAUGUAUCAAGGCAGAAGGCGUUACAGAGAUCACCUGCAAUAUUUCAGAGACAACAUAAAUGACGUUAUAAAAACUCAAGCUUUUAUCCGAGGAAACAAAGCAGGAGAAGACUACAAAACCCUCAGUGAUCCUGCCCCAGCAGGGGGAUUGGACGAGGUGAUCUUUGGAGGUCCCUUCCAAUUCCUGACAUUCUGUGAUUCUGUGCAAAGUUGGUUCACGGUAGUACUUUUGCUGCUGGGAAAUAGGAGCGCUGAUCUUUGGGUUAAUGCUGAAAACCCACCUACGGCUGUGGUUGGGAAAUUGGUUCACUUGCUCGAUCGGACCCAGAUUUUCAGGAGGAGCUGGAGCUAAUGAAACUGUGUGAGGAAGCUGUGACCUUGAUCCGAUCUAAUCAACAGCUUGAAAAUGACCUCAAUCUCAUGGACCUCAAGAUUGGACUGCUAGUGAAGAACAGAAUGACACUGCAGAAAGAGAACUGCAGCAGAAACAUCAAGGCUUCAAGUGUUUUAAAAACAAAGCACCAGAAAAAAACCCACUCGGGACCAAGGGAAAGCAAUAGAUGGAUGUUGUUUCUCAUAGCAAAAAUCUUAGCAAGGAGAACAAGGAACAGCUCUGUGACGUGAUGACGCUGAACGAGCAAAAGGGAGGUUUGAAAGCUUUGAGCAAAGAGGAGAGGGAAAAGCUGGAAGCCUAUCAGCAUCUUUUCUACUUGAGUGUUGAGGCGCUGUCUGUCUUUGUGGUGUUGGCUUUUGUGGACACGUGCUGUAUGGGAACUGCUGAGUCAUGGCCUGAACCUCUGAUUGAUCACCUGAGGCGAGCAGUGAGUCAGGCAGAGGAGCACAGGUGAAGGCAAUGCAGCUGUGCUGCUGGAAGGGGUGCAGCCAGGCUACAGCCCUCCUAGACCUGUUUAAGAGCUGGCUGCCAGUGGGGAAGGAUCUCGUCUGGAGAUCUGCUCUGCUGGAGUUUUGUAAGUGAGCCCAGGAUAGGGGUAAGCCUUCUAUUUAUUCUCCUUUUGUUAGCUUAGUCUGCUUUGUCAAACUCUCUUGUUUAUUUCAUAAUGACAACAUCUUAAUAGUCAUUGAUUAUACACGUGCACUAAGUACUUUUUCUUCUUGUUUUAGACUACUCCAACGUACUUGGCCAAGCUGCUUUUGCAGAUGCCUCAAAACAACCCCACAGAGUUCAUGGAUUCAGCCAUCUUCACGCUGCAUAACUACGCAUCCAGUCAGAGAGAGGAAUCUCUGCUGUUGCGGCUGUUGCAAACAGCAUUGCAGGAAGAGAUCAAAUGCGCUCUUUCAACCGUGGUGCCCGUGGUCAGAACGCACUGAGGCAGAUCUUGGCCCCAGUUGUGAAGGAAAUAAUUGAGGGCGAAUCGCUCAACGUCAGAACGGAUCCAGUGGAUAUUUACAAGUGCUGGGUGAACCAGAUGGGAUCUCAGAAUGGUGAGGCCGGCAAGUUGCCGUACGAUGUUACACCUGAACAAGCUCUUAAUCACGGUGAGGUGAGGACGCACCUGGAUGCCUCAAUCCGAGAUGUGAAGGCAGUGACAGACAAGUUCCUGUCUGCCAUCGUUGUUCAGCUGACCAAAUCCCUUACGGGAUGCGUUUCAUCGCCAAGGUACUGAAAGACUCCCGGCAUGACAAGUUUCCUGAUGCUGGCGAGGAUGAGCUUCUGAAGAUUGUUGGCAACUUACUCUAUCACCGCUACGUGAAUCCGGCCAUGGUGGCACCGGAUGCAUUUGACCUAAUGGAUCUUUCAGCUGGAGGGCAGCUGACUGCAGAUCAACGAAGAAACCUUGGUUUGUUGCAAAGAUGCUGCAGCAUGCUGCGUCCAGCAAGAUGCUCAUGGGAGACGGUGCACAUCUGAGCAUCGUGAAGGAAUACUUGUCACAGUCAUCCCAGAAAUUCAGGAAGAAAAGCUUGAUGUCUGUGCCAAGGGAGACGUACACCGCACUUGCGCUGCCUGGACGAUGUGGAAACUGGAAAUUGUGGGGUGUGCUGAAGCAUGCCCUCUCAGCUUUCGCUCGUGGAAGCACAGAGCAAAGUGACAAGAAACAGCUGCGAGUUCAAGGAAUUGUCUACCUUGUUCUGAUCUCCUGCCAG